AUGUCUGCAACUGUCCAACCUACAAAUAAUGAACGAACAAAUAAUCCAGCUCCUAUUAAUACCUCAAAAAGUAAUGACAGUCCGAAUAUUCCAGUUACAUCGAAUUCUUUUAUCCCGUCACAUUUAUAUCCAUCAUGGGAAACGGGUUCAAGUAUGGAUUUACGUGUAUACGUUUCAGAAGAGGAGAAUUUUACUGAUUUCAGAAACCUUGAUGUUCUCAUAUGGCACGCUCCAUCUAUUCAGCUUGGAAAUUGGGAUGAUGAAAGAGACAUAUCAACGGACAUUCAAACUUCUGUGAAUGUGCGAAAUAAUGGCACCUUGUAUGCACAUAUCUAUCUUACUCUUAAUAAGGCUUCUCCAGAUCCAACAGAUCCAGCAUUUCAAGAAAACAUGAGAGUAUAUCAAAGGAAAUUGCUGACAAGGUAUUACCCAAAGCGCAAAGUGAUCAAGACAAAGAAACUUAUUGGCGGCAGUGAUGAUGACGAGAUUGAAGAAGUUGAAGAACAUGAAACAAAAUCAAGCGAAAUCCCGAUAGUAUCGUAUUGGCAUCAGAAUCUUACGCUUAAUCUCAUUUCAGAUAAUACUGUCCUUCCAUAUAGUCAAUUACCGCCCUUAGUCGCAUCACAUAUUCAAUUGGAUAAAACUACCUUACUGGAUCCUUCCAGCAAAGCUGGAUAUUAUCUUCCAGUUUUAUUUGUUAAUGAUUUCUGGAUUCUCAAAGAACACUUGAUGCCUAUUAAUGAAACAGUCGAGGAAGUGCUUUUAAAUAUUAAAUAUUAUCCUAUCUCAAUGUGGAAAUUCCAAAUAUAUGUUCAAAUGGGAGAAUCAUUCAGAGCACAAGCAGAAAUGAUGGGCGGAGAUGCACAUAGUGAAUUUGAUGAAAUUAAAAGAAUGUUAAGAGAGACAAAUCCAAUUCUAUUAGGUGUAACAUUUACGGUAUCAUUAUUGCAUAGUAUUUUUGAAUUCUUGGCCUUUAAAAAUGAUAUUGCUCAUUGGAGAAAUAAGGAAGAACUGACAGGAGUCUCAGUCCGAUCUAUUCUAUUGAAUAUAUUCUUUCAGUUAAUAAUAUUUUUAUAUUUAAUGGAUAAUAAUAGCGAUACGAGUUGGAUGAUUUUGAUUGGUCAAGGAAUUUCAGUUGCUAUUGAAGUAUGGAAAAUUAAAAAGGCUGUUGAUGUUAAAAUUAAUCCAUCUCAAGGAUUUUUCAAGUAUUCAAUAAAAUUCGUAGAUAAACAUAAACUUUCAGAGAGUGAAGAAAAGACGAAGGAAUAUGACAGACUUGCUUUUAAAUAUUUGUCUUGGAUAGCUUAUCCAUUACUUACUUCUUACGCCAUUUAUAGUCUUGUUUACAAUUCACAUAAAAGUUGGUAUUCCUUUGUUUUGUCAACUCUUGUCGGGUUCGUUUAUGCAUUUGGCUUUAUAAUGAUGACUCCACAGUUAUUUAUCAAUUAUAAACUUAAGAGUGUUGCGCAUAUGCCUUGGAAAACACUUAUGUACAAAACGCUUGGUACAUUUGUGGAUGAUUUGUUUGCUUUUUGCAUUAAAAUGCCUACUUUACAUCGUUUGGCAUGUUUGAGAGAUGAUGUUGUUUUCUUCGUGUAUCUGUAUCAAAAAUGGAAAUAUCCAGUUGACCAUAAGAGAGCGAACGAAUAUGGGCAGGUUGCGUCUGAAAAUCAAAUAGAUCAAAUAGAUCAAGGAUCCCAACCGGAAAGCAAAAAAGAUAAAUAA